UUUAAAGACCUAUCCAAUGUUUUCGAUCACCAUAGAACAGUUGGUCACAAGAGCUGGACAUCAAUAGGUCUUCUCUGAGGACGAGAUGGACAUACUCCCCAACUUCUCCCACCGAGAGGCGAAGAUGCUGGCAGACUUUGAAGACAACCGGGUGUUUGUCAACAGAAGCCUUACACUUGAAAACAUCCAAUGCUAUGGCUUUGACAUGGACUAUACGCUGGCAGCAUAUAAGUCUCCUGACUAUGAGAGCCUGGGCUUUGAGCUGAUCAGAGACAGAAUGGUGUCUAUUGGAUACCCUCAUGAGCUUCUACGUUACUCAUACGACCCCAGCUUCCCCACUCGGGGUUUAGUGGUUGACACCAAAUACGGAAACCUCCUGAAAGUGGAUUCUAAUGGCAAUAUUUUAGUCUGCAGUCAUGGCUUCCGCUUCUUCAAAGGGGAAGAUGUUGAGAAAUACUACCCCAAUAAGUUCAUCCAAAGAGAUGACACAGAACGUUUUUACAUUCUUAACACUCUCUUCAAUCUUUCAGAGACUUAUCUCUACGCCUGCCUGGUAGACUUCUUCACCAGAUGCACCAGAUACACAAACCUCCUGAAAGGUUUCCAGCACGGUGACUUGUUGAUGUCCUACAGAAGCAUGUUCCAGGAUGUCCGAGAUGCAAUGGACCACAUUCAUGAUACAGGAAUCCUAAAAGAUCGAACUAUCAAGAAUUUGGAGAAAUAUGUCAUCAGAGAUCCUAACAUUGCAGUGCUCCUGAUGCGAAUUAAAGAGGUAGCCAAGGUCUUCCUCGCCACUAACAGUGACUACACCUACACUGAGGCCAUCAUGACAUUCCUGCUUGAAAGUAAUACUAAGCCUGGAGUCCCAAAAAAACCUUGGCGCUCCUACUUUGACCUUAUUGUUGUGGACACAAAGAAGCCACAGUUCUUUGGAGAUGGGACUGUGCUGAGACAAGUAGACACCAACACAGGAAAACUGCGCAUUGGGACUUACACCGGCGACUUGCAGCAUGGAACAGUUUACUCUGGAGGCUCUUCCGACGUGGUCUGUGAUCUGUUGGGUGUCAAAGGUAAGGACAUCCUCUAUGUUGGAGAUCACAUCUUUGGAGACAUUCUCAAAUCUAAGAAACGACAGGGCUGGAAGACUUUUCUGGUCGUACCAGAACUCACCAAGGAGCUGCAAGUGUGGGAGGAAAAGAGAUACCUGUUUGAGGAGCUAAAACGUCUUGACGUCUUCUUAGCUGAACUCCACAAGCACCUGGACAGCGGCAGUCGAGAGUGCCCUGACAUCAGUGCCAUUAAAACGAGAAUGAAGGUGCUGACCUUCAGGAUGGACAUAUCCUACGGUCAGAUGGGCAGCCUCCUGCGCAGUGGCUCUACUCAGACGCUGUUUGCCAGCCAGCUGAUACGCUAUGCGGAUCUGUACUCCUCCACCUGCAUCAACCUGCUGAAGUACCCCUUCAAUUACCUCUUCAUGGCUCCACCAGUCCUGAUGCCCCACGAGGCAGCUUCACAGAACUCUGCUGAAGUUGCUUCAUCGGAGCUGAACACGAACAACCACGCUAUCACGGGUAGCAGAACCAGUUUGCAGCUUUAGUUGAUAAAAUACGGAAAUUUCCUCUUGGCUCUGUCAUUACUGAGUUGAAGAUAUAUAUAUUUUUUUUUUAUCUCCUCGCGUUGAAGAGCGAUAUGGAGACCGCAUAAGGAGGCGUUGUUAUGUGCCUCCUUCACAUCUUGGACUCUUUGUACCUGUGCACAUACAAAGGGGACUUGUAACAGCCAUGACCCUUUACUAUACUUCUUCUUCCUCUUGCUGGACAUAAAUCAUGAUGCCAUGUGAUGUUUAUAAUAUGAAACAUGUUGAUAACGUGCGAUUAAAACAUGGAGGCUCAGGGUUAUUGUAAAUAGGAGUGUUUAUUAGUGGUGCAAAUGUGCAUUAAACCUUAAGUUUGUGUAAUGGUUUUUAAGAAGAAAUUAUAUUUAUGCAUUGUUUGUGCUGCUUCUUUUACAUAAUUGUAAUAAAUUCUUCUUACUAUUUGGUUUGAAUAUU